GGGGAGAAUCCAAUCCGGUUUGAGCUAGUUUUUCCUUCCAAUGGAACAGUAAAGUCUCGCUGCGCUGUAUUAGACUGUAUUGGCACAGCUUUAUCCAGAAUAUACCACUGUAUUUUCUGUUUAAUUUACUUUAAUUCGGGUAUUUUUCCCCCCCUUUUUUUAGUUAAAAAAAAAAACUCCCCACACAAACCAACAAUGCCUAAAAGGAGCAAAGCAGCAUCAGGAGGCGACUCGGCGCCUAAGAGGAGAUCUCUUAGGUUGAAAGAUAAACCUGCACCUGCAAAGGCAGAGGCCAAACCCAAGCCAAAGAAGGGACCUGCUAAGGCCAAGAAAGCCAAGGAGGUGGAAAAGGCCAAGCCUGAGGAAAAAGCACCAGAGGCCCCAGCUGAAAACGGUGAAGCCAAAGCUGAGGAAGAGGCUCCCGCUACGAACGCAGCCGAUCAAAAAGAUGAGGCAGCUGAAUAACAUCACUCCAGCUCUGUCUUACACCAGUGCUCCCUGUACCUCUUUUCUUGUACAAUUCAGGGGAAUAUUUUUAUCGACUAUUUUCUAAAUACAGGUUUUUUUAGUAGUUUGAUUGUAGAGAACACUUUUUUUAAAACAAAAAACACCAAUUUGGACACAGGGAAAAGAAGAAGAAAAAAAAAACAACAACUCAUCAAGCCCCACAAUUUUGCAUCAGCGUAAAUUUGCGGUCGUCGUUACUGUCGGAGGAUUUUAUUUCAGUUUUAAAUGUGAAGGAGGGGAGGGUGUGGGGUGGGUUCGUGCGUCAAACAUGGAAGCUUGACGAGCGGCGGCGGGGCUGGGGGGUAACAACUGGAAGAGCUUACCUGUGUGGAGUACAUUCCAUAAGCUUUAUAAGGGAGGGCUUGUAGUGUGUGCUGGGGCGGGGGUGGAUGUCACCGUACAACUCAUUGUUUUCCUGUUUAUAUUGAAGAACAGUGUUUUAGAAUGUUUGUAAGUUUUUUUCCUGUUUGGUUAUUCUUGUAUUCAUGCAGUUUUCUUAACCAAUCUACUCAAUAAAUCCUAAUAUUCCUAGUUCUGCAGCUCUCCCAUUUGAAACUGUGCAUCGCAUGUGUUGUGUCUGUCGUGUGAUAGCAUCGCAAUAAAUUUGUAUAGCUGCUGUGAAAAGACUUCUCAAUCUGCAGUGUGUAACGGUACGUUGUAAGGAUGGCGAAAAACGAAUUUGUUCUUAGCCAUGCUAAAGUAGGAUUUACAUUGACAAAACUACUGAGGCUGGCUUCUCUAAAGCCAACAGACAAACUGUACUUUCACACCAACAGUAGCCAUAUUUCCGUGGUUUCUGUAUCAAAAUCCACAUGUGCAGUUUUUUUUUUUUUUAUUAUUAUUUGUCUAGAGUUGUACUUGUGUGAUAAUUGUUAAACCAAUAAAACUCAGUUGGUAGCUGUUA